AUGGCUAACAGGAGGAGGAGGAACACAACUGGAGCUGAUAACAUAGCUCAGGCGAUCCAUCGUAUGGUGGACGCGAUGCAGCCCAUAGCGGCGCCACCCAGAGUUGUAGUGGCACCUACCCGACCAGUAUCUAUGGAGGAUUUUAUGGAACACCGGCCGGCCAAGUUCUCUGGCAAGGCCACUCCUGAUGAGGCAGAUGCCUGGAUGCGGGAAUGUGAGAAGAUUUGUAGAGUGCUGGGGUGCACGGAUGAGCAGAGGCUGUUGUUUGUCACAUUUCUCCUGGUGGCAGACGAAGAGUACUGGUGGCAGGGGAUGCAGACCCAUGAGGAGCAGGUGACAUGGACUGCCUUCAGGACGAGAUUCCUGGAGAAGUACUUUCCCGACAGUGCGAGGCACGAGCGGGAGGCAGAGUUCCUUACUCUUCAGCAGGGGACCAUGACUGUGGCGGCAUACAUUGAGAGGUUCGAAUAUCUGGCGCAUUUCUACACUUCAGUAGUCACCGAGGAGUGGAGGUGUAGGAAGUUCGAGGGCGGACUAAAACAUGAGAUACGCCGCUUCAUUGUGCCGCUUCGGAUUAGAGAGUUUCCAGUUUUGGUCGAGCAGGCCAAGACUGUGGAGCAGUUGGAGACCGGGUCGAGUAGUGGAGGAAAACAACAGAGGACUACCCCAGAUGUCCGAUCACAGAGGAAACCUUAUAGCAGACCGCCGACUACCUGGGGGAGGCUACAUUAUUAUAACUGUGGCGCGGAGCACUUGAGGAGAGAUUGUACUAGACCUGCCAGCAGUACAGGUGGAGGCAGUGGCAUUGGUAAGUGCUACGUAUGUCAGCAGGCAGGGCACUUUGCAAGUCAGUGUCCUAACAGAAGACCAGCUGGUGGUGCACCAGCUAAGAGGCCAGUAGGAGAUCGACCCAGAGCACCGGGGCGUGUGUUUGCUUUGACGACCACAGAGGCGAAACAGUCAGGUAACCUUUUACAGUUUCUAUGUUUGUUGUGUGACCACGAGGUGGUGGUGUUGUUCGACUCGGGAGCCACUCAUUCGUUUGUGUCUAAUGAAUGUGUGAGGAGGCUCGGGCUUACGAUGCAAGAGCUAGGGUGCGAGCUUUUAGUAGCGACGCUAGCGUCUAGAGAGGUAUCCACCACUUCUAUGUGCGUGGGGUGCCCUAUGGAGGUGGCAGGCCGUAGGUUCAGGCUGAAUCUCAUUUGUUUGUCGAUGGAGGGUUUAGAUGUGAUUCUAGGCAUGGAUUGGUUGUCGAGUAACCAUGUCGUCAUUGAUUGCGGGCAGUGCAAGAUAGUGUUUCCAAAUACGGUGGGGUUGGAACUUAUAUCGUCUAAUCAGGCGAUGAGGGAGAUUGAGGCUGGAGCUACAUGUUAUAUGAUUGUGGCUCAGGCAGAGAAGAUGAACACGGCCGAGAAGAUCAGCAGGAUUCCGGUAGUGGAUGAAUACGCAGAUGUAUUUCCGGAUGAGAUUCCAGAACUACCGCCUAGCAAGGAUGUGGAUUUCUCCAUUGAUCUCAUCCCUGGCGCUGGGCCACUGAAUAAGCUAACGAUAAAGAAUAAGUACCCGUUGCCGAGGAUUGAUGAUCUGUUGGAUCAGUUGAGGGGAGCUGCGGUGUUCUCAAAAAUAGACCUGAGAUCUGGAUAUCAUCAGAUCCUUGUCAGGCCGGAGGAUGUCCAGAAGAUUGCUUUUCGAUCACGGUAUGGUCACUACGAGUAUGUAGUGAUGCCAUUUGGGGUGACCAAUGCGCCGGCUAUAUUCAUGGAUUACAUGAACAGGAUUUUCAGGCCAUACCUAGAUCAGUUUGUAGUAGUGUUUAUCGAUGACAUUCUGAUCUACUCUGAGAGCAUAGAAGAACACGCAGAGCAUCUGAGAGUAGUGUUGGGGAUUCUCAGAGAGCACCAGUUGUAUGGGAAAUUAUCGAAAUGUGAAUUCUGGUUGGAAGAGGUACAAUUCCUGGGCCAUGUGAUCUCAACCCAAGGAAUAGCCGUUGAUCCGGCAAAGAUAGGGAUUGUGGUGAAGUGGGAGAGGCCCCAAACAGUUUCAGAGGUGCAGAGUUUUCUAGGUUUGGCAGGGUAUUAUCGACGGUUUGUGGAGGGUUUCUCCAAGAUGGUGAGUCCUCUUACACAGCUUACGAGAAAGGACCAGCCUUUCUCGUGGACAGAGGGGUGUGAAGCCUGCUUCGAAGAUAUGAAGAGAAGACUGACUACCGCACCGAUAUUGGCAAUCCCUGACACGACUAAAACAUUUGAGGUGUACUGUGAUGCCUCGUAUCAGGGGUUAGGCUAUGUGCUGAUGCAGGAUAAACGGCCUGUAGCUUAUGCAUCGAGACAGUUGAAGGUGCAUGAGAAGAAUUACCCGACACACGACUUGGAGUUAGCGGCAUUCGUGUUUGCCCUCAAGACAUGGAGGCAUUACCUGUAUGGAGCGCAGUUCCAGUUGAGGGACAUGAAUCUGGGGUUGGAAAUGGGGCCUGGACAGAUACGAUGCAGCAUGUUGAGGAUCACGAAUGAGUUCCUAGAUGAGCUCCGGGUGGAACAAGGUAAGGAUCAGGAACUGCAGCUGAUAAUUGGUGAGUUGGGCAUUGAGAAGAGGAAGGAUUUCCGAAUGGGCAGAGAUGGGAUUCUACGGUUCAGGGAGAGAGUGUGUGUUCCAAACAGCAGGAAAGCGAAGAUAGAACAUCAGCGACCGGGUGGUAUGUUAGAACCUCUAGACAUUCCACAGUGGAAAUGGGACAACAUUUGCAUGGAUUUCAUCACUCACCUGCCGAGAUCAGUGAGAGGGCACGACUCAAUCUGGGUGAUAGUAGACAGGUUGACGAAGUGUGCUCAUUUUUUGCCGAUUAAUCAGAAGAUGAAUAUGGAUAGGCUGUCGGAUUUGUAUGUGCGAGAGAUUGUUAGAUUACAUGGAGUACCAACGAGUAUUGUGUCAGACAGAGACCCGAGGUUCACAUCGAGGUUCUGGCAGUCGUUGCAGAACGCUUUGGGUACUCAGCUCAGGAUGAGCUCCGCCUAUCAUCCUCAGACAGAUGGACAUUACCAUACCAGUAUUGGAAUGGCUCCCUACGAGGCUCUGUAUGGUAGGAGAUGUAGGACGCCAUUGUGUUGGCAGGAGGAUGGCGAGGUAGUGGUUCUUGGGCCAGAGUUCUUACAGCAGACCACCGAGAAGGUGAGGGUGAUUCAGGAUUAG